GUACCAAAUAGAAACAUUCUCUUCCACGAAUCCAAUUUUUAUGUGGAUGUGUCUAGACCUCCGUAGAGCAAGCGCAUACUCUUACUAUUACUAUCUUAACUCACCUGUGGAGUUUGGUUUCGAUGGUUAUCGGAUUGUUGGCCUUCCUAACACUUCAAUCACUGUCAGUGACGUGUGUACGGAAGCGCCUGAUACAGCAGAGUUUAAUACGAUGGUCAAAGAUGGUUUUGAGACAGAUGCCGUGAAUGCCGUGCAGUGUGCAGAUCCAGUGCUCGGUUCAUUUAGCUACACGUACACAGACGACUCAGGGGUCACUUCCUGUGAAAACGCCAACUCCUCUUUCAUAAACGCAUGCGACGAUUCGAACAGAACGCAUAUACUGGUCAACAACAGUGACUGCGUGGCUAUCAAUCCUUUCUUUUCAACUAGUGGUCGAUUAGGAUGCAUUGCCAACGUGUAUGAUUCCAGUUCAGAUGUGUAUUACAUAUCUUUGUACAAUCUAGACUCCUCACCAACAAUACAGUUUAUAUGCACAGCAGUGACAAAAAGUAGCAAUGGAACGGUUUACCUGAGUAUGAAGCAGACAGAUUGUGACUCUAACCAGUCGCCGACAACAGCCCCAGCAGGUGGAGCAACAAUGGUCCUUUCAGCUCAUUAUACAUGUACGUAAGCCUUGAAAUGGUUGUUUAUCGUUUGAAUGGUUACAAGACUAUCUCUUGUUUAAACAACACUGGUACCAGGUUUGCACACUUCACAGUGGAAUGAUUUAUAUUGCAAAUGAAAAUAAACAUAUAAGCUUUGAUUUCUCGAAAAGCAUUCAAAUAAGGUUAACUCAGGAAAUCUUACUGGAAUUUUUUUAUGGAGUGUGGUUUUCAGUGACUAGAGAGUCCUCUUUGCACGUACUGUAUGAUACACUAAGUAAGUCUAUACUCGUGUAUCCUUGAAAUGAUAUCACUUUAUGCUGUAUAAAUCUAACGAAUCUAAUAAAUCAAACUUACAUUUAAAUGAAAAUGAUAAUGAUACGAUUUCAAAGAUUUCGAAAUGUCGGAGGUUCUAACUAUUACAUUCAGAAUCGAUCUUUCUUGCACGGUUAUAAUGAACGUUUGUAGGUGAAUAUGUCAAUACGUUAGCAAUAUAUGAAAGCUGUUCAAAACAUGCAAAAUAUGGUAGACAAAAUCAUACUUGAACGUUAAUUUUGCAGGAUUUUUUUCACUAGGUACUAGGGUCUUUGCAAAUACCUGUCUCCUUUUAAAUGAAUGUCGGGCAGAUAAAACUCUUUUUUUGUAAAAUUUACAGACUAGAAUAAUUUCAAUUUCAUACAACACUAUUGGAAUAUUGGAAGAAACACGUUCAAAACGUUAUCCAUCUACAGUAUUUUAAUCCUAUGUUAUUUUACCCCAUAAUUAAAACCUGAUUACUAUAUUAAUCAAAAGAAAACUGUUGGGUCAUAUUUUUAACCAUACAUCAUACUGAUGCUCCAAAUUUUAAUUCUCUAAGACCGAUAACAAAUAAAAUUAUGGAGAAUGAGACCAAUCAAAAAUUCAUCAUUUUGAAUAUAUACUUUCUUGGCCUUAAACAUUCUCAUUUACUAAAGUUUUAGGAUUUACAACUUUUUCCUGCCUAAUAAAUCAGUGUAUAUUGUUCAUUGACCUUCAUUGUUGAUGUGGAUAUAUUCUGAAACAAAUAAGUUAUGCGAAUAUGAAUAGAAAAGUUUCAGUAUGAAACAUAAUAAAUAUAUUUAGAUCUGGAACACCAUGAACACUCGCGACAAACUUAAGAUGGUAGAAAUGAUAUCACUUUAUAGCAAUGAUAAUAUGUUUAAGAAGCUAAAUUUGGGACAUAGAAAUGUUUAUUGUAUCAAUCUAUAACAAACAUGAUAUUGUUUAAAUGCUUAAUUUUGUUUUAUUCUCAUUACCUAUACCUUUUUCGUGUGUUUAUUAUUUCUAGGCACUUUUAUGUAUUUUUGUCUUGUUGGGCGGCUUGUGGAGUUCCCCACAUUUUCUAUUUUACUGCAUAAAACUAAAUGAAUUUUGACAUGUUACUUCCAACCAAUGAGGGCCCUUCAAAAAUGACGUAGACUUUAUUGAGUGUAAUCAGCAAUCUUAUUGCAAUUCGGUCAUACAUUUUUUGUAACAUUUCUGUUGACAUGCGAAACGCGUAGAACGUUUUGAUUACUAUAGCUACGCAUAAACGGCGCAGUCGCAUUUUCAUCAGUCAUGAUUUGAAUUCAACCGCUUAAGUUCACACUGAUCGACCCGUUUAGAUAAUCAGACAUUUGCUUAGUUAUGUAGAUAUUUCAGCAAAAACCAACUGAAGUUUAUGAGCUAAUGAAGCGGACGCUAUAAUAAUAUUUCGUCAUCGUGUCUUGAUCUUCGAGUGGUAAAACACUUCGCAAAUGGCCCAGAAUUGCUAAAAGACAGGGAAGGUCAUUUAAGGAAACAAAUAAAUCCGUAAUUCGACGUUAACGUCAAUGUAUGACGCCUUGAAUAAAAACUAACUGCUUAUAGUGUGCAGUCCCUCUCUGAGAUACUUCGCAUAAGUAUUCAUACUAACCAAACAUCUUCUUAUGAAUUAGGUAUUGUUUAUUAGUAUUAUUAAAAGAAAUAUACAAAUAUAAAUUAAUGCAAACUUAAUGAAAACAUCUCGAUGAAGCCAAGACGUCGUUAACGUCGUUGAAAUAUGAUCACCGUGCGCCAGGUUAGUGUUAGUGAUGUUUUCGAGGAGGCGUUACUCCCAAUUGUGUAAUCAUAAUCACGUCAAAUUUGCAGUGAGGUUAGUAGAGAUGGUCAAUUUCUUGUUUUGCUUCAUUAAAAUAUAUAACAGCUAAAGACAAAGUCACCGUCAUUUUUUAACAUCCCUCGUAUUUUUUUUCCAAAGAUUUUUAAAUUUCAAUAAGUUGUAUGUAAAUAUAUAUAGUUUUGUACAUAUAAUAUGUUUUAGGAUUUUUGGACACCCUUUACAUCAAAAUUUACUUAAGUUUAAGGCAUUUCACUGGAAUAUUGAAAUGUAAAAUUUUCAAAUUACAUCCCUUUUAUAUUGAAUAAGUCUGAAAUUCAAUUGAUACACUGUAAAAAAUGUCUAUAAAACGAAUGUUUUUCUAACAGCACUAAAUUUGUGCUGAAAGUAUUUUAUCAGUUAGUUGUUAAAUGAAUAUUUAGCUAUUAAUUUGAACCAUUAUAGUUGUUGCAAUUUUUGUUGGGUUAGUAAUACAUUUGAACAGCAUCUGUCUCAAAAAGAAAGAAAUUUGCACUUUAAGCAUCUCUAUUAUUUCGGGACUAACCUUAAUAUUUUGGACGUUGAAUUUGAAACAGCCUGAGUGAAAAAUUUGCUGGGAUACAUCCGUAUAUUAUAUAGGAAUGCUAAAAAUCAAUACAGUCAAAUUAACGUAAUUAUAGUAUUAUUUUGCAAUGUUUUUCGUUUUAGGUGUGGCUCGCUUCUAAAUAUAAUUGAUAUAACAUAUAUUCUAAUCAGCUUUUGAGAAGAUGUUAUCACUAUCACUACGUUACAAAGUUAAAUAAUGAGCUUUCUUUGAUAUCUUGAAAGUAUUUUCAAAUAUUUAAUUACAAUGCAUCUUUGAUAUGUUUUACUGUAACGGCAUUUUGAACCUUAUGGAAUUACCUACCUCUGCGCUGUUACUGACUACAUGGAAAUACAUUUGUUCUAAAGCAACAUCGCAUGUUGCUGCGUUCGUGAUUUAUUUGCCAAAUUCAACUGCCAUUCAAAUAAACUUUGAGAGAUUUCUUUUUCGUUUUCUUUGACAUUCCUUCAACUUCUAUUUCGUCAAAUGAAAUGGAACAAUUGUGCGAGUAGCCUCCCGGAAAGCAUUAAGCAUAAUUAUAAUAAACAAAGCUAGGGCUAUACAUUAUAAAUCAGACCACUCACAAAUAAAACUGCAAUGGAGGAGUUUAGUAGAGGAGUGCUUCAAAUACACACCAACAAGAUAACAAUUUAAAAGAAAAAGAGGAAUAGAGAAGAAGUAGAGGUAGUUCGCACUGAUGUAUAAAUAGUCGGGGGCAAUUAGUAACUGUGGUGAAAAUGACAGUCAAAUAAAAUAGCAAGCUUUGCGAAAAAUGGUUGUGUCAAUAUCCGUAUUUUCACAUUUUAUCAAAUGUUUAAUUAGCGAUAGUUGAUAGAAAUGAUCCACUGGGACGGUUAUACUAGGUAAAAUAUUAUUUGUAUAUUAUAUUUGUCUUUUUAGAACCUUGUAGAAUCUAUUUUUUUGACAGUUUUCUUUCAUUUUGGUGCAGAUUUUAGAUAUUUCUAUAUAAACAGACCUUGAGGGUGGUAAAGACUAAAAACUUAAUGAAACGCAUGUACACUUGUAGUUCUUAUUAAAGAUUUUAGCAAACUUGCAAGUUUUGCACCAGGGUAUUUAAUCGUGUUUUCAGUCCUCAUUAAUAUAAGUAUGCUUGAAUCUUCCGGUAGACUUAGAUGGGGCAUGGGGCAUGGACCAACUCAAAUGGGGAAAUAGUCCAAUAUCGUCAUCUGCAAUGACUGUUUCUCUCAAGUAGCAACUUUGAAUUUUUGCUUCCAAUUCUGCGGUAUAUACUCUUUCAAAGACCACUAUGGAAAUAACAGAAAAUCUUUAUGGAGCGGAAUUCAUAUAAGUUUUAAGUAGCUUGUUUUCCAAUCCAUUCGAUUAAAAAUUUCUUUGUUUGUUUGUACUAUUUUGAUUGAUGUAUGUCUUUUUAUCAAACUUUGUUAAUUUGAAUAUAGUACUCAUGUUUGUAUAUACAAUUUGUGGAAAUAAAUACAGUUUAAACUAACAGAAAAUCAUUUUUCUCUUUAUUGUGCUUGCUAUCUAUCUAUCUAUAUAUAAAUACUUUUUUCAAUAUUGUCUUCAUAAAUGCGUAGGUUAUGAUCAAUGUAACAGUAAUUGAUGUAGUCAUUCAGAUGAAUUUUCUUGUUGAAAUAUGAUUAACGCUAAUACUAGCGAGACUGAUUCAUUUAUGUUUAACAAUCUAUCAUUGUACCAGUUAUAGUCAGCGCUCCUUUUGACGCGGUAUGGUCGCAAAAUAAAAAUUAGAAAGGGAAAGCGUACUCUACGAGUACCAGACAAAAUUUGUUAUAAAACUCCUUUUUGUUUUCCUUAUCAAACAAAAUUUAUUUCAGUAUGAAUACCCUUCUUGAAAGAGGUGUUAACUUAUAAGGGGUCUGAAUACAGAUAGCGGUAGCAAGUAUAGGCAAUAUAUAAAUGGGUGUAUGGUAUAAGGAAUUUAUUUAUCUAUUGUUUUUACACACGCGCACACACAUUUCUUCAUUAAUAUUUUUGACCCGGUUCUAUAAGUACGUGUAGUUCAAACAGAAAAAAAAAUUAUUAAAGAAGUCAAGAACAGAUCAAAUUGUCCCAAAGUGUUUCUGUAAAGACAGAGUUUGCCAUGACGAUUUUACAAAAGACAGAGACUUCCAUCUCCCACAGAACGGGCUUAUGUGUCUCUUGCGGAUAAAAUAAUUAUCUAGUACAUGAUUUGAAUUUGAAACUGACCAGAGUGAAACAAUUUAGUAUAAAAAUGUUGAAAUGUGACGUUAUACAUAAUUCUAACAUGACUCGGUUUGAUUUCCAGUUAAACAAAGAAGGGAAUCAAGCUCUAUAUAUUCUGCAAUAAACAACGGUUGACGUGCGGACCGGUAAGAGAGCAUUAUGACGUCAGCUAUAACGUCAAAUUGCCGCAUGACGUCCGAUACAUUACUCCUCGCGUAAAUGAAGUCCAGUAUAAUAUCUAUUAAAAUAUAUCAAUGAGCAUGUCAGAAUGAAAACAAUCAAGGCCUUCUUGUUAUUUAUCGUCUAA